UCAUGUACGGAACAAAAGAAGACAAAGAAGCGGUCACAGCACUGCCACGACUCAAUUCUGCGCGCCAUGAAUAGCUACGUCGAGAAAAUUCUUCUCUUCCAUUUUCACUCAACCACUUUCCCGAGAAAAUUCACCCGAGAAACUAAAGCAAAAAAUAACCUAAAAGCAAAUUUCAUCCCCUCUCAUAUCCAAUCAAAACAAACACAAUAUGGAUCAUUACAAAGUUCUAGGUUUACACAAAACAGCAUCAAAGGAAGAAAUUAAAGCAGCAUUCAAAAAAUUAGCGUUUCAAUUUCAUCCAGAUAAGCAUUCCCAAUCACCGAAAUCCGUUAAAGACAGCGCCACACUUCGAUUCAAACAGGUUUCUGAAGCAUACGAAGUUCUCAUGGAUGAUCGGAAACGCGCCGAUUAUAAUUACCGGUGGCGUUCCGGUCAACAAAGUGGUGGUGGUGGUAAUGGAAAGUAUUAUUCUCAGUAUGGUUAUGGAUACGGUAGAAGUGGGCGUAGCUAUGAGUAUAAAACUAGGUCGGGGUUUGGUGGCGGUGGUGGUGGUGGUGGUUUUGCGUCAAAGUUUGAACUUGCUUUCCGGAUUUUGACGGCGAGAUCUUCUCUUCUCAAUCUUGGAUUUGCAGCAGCUAUAUUAGGUGUGAUGAUUGUCAUUGAUACAAGUGGAGAAUCCUUAUGGAAGAUGCAAAAUUCUGGGAAAUCUUUUGAAGAAGCCAUGAAUACCAUUGAAAAAGCAAAAGCGUAUAAAGAAGAUAACAUAAACGAACGUCCUUGAUUCAAUUCUCUGCUCUCACUUCACUUGGCACCCGAAUGCUUCUUCAUGUUUCAUAAAUUGUGAAUGAUGGAAGCUUUCAGUUUUGGAGAUUGAUCGGAAGGAUAGUGUUCAUUUGUGCGGCUGUUCUUCUGUCAGUAGUCUGUACCUUUUGUUGUCUCGCAAUGGACUGGAAACUGGAUUCUUUGUACAGAUGCCAUCGCAGAUUUUUGGCCGACAAAUGAAGAUCUGAUGGCUGACAUUAUGAGUUGUAUAUUAAGGUCGAUUUGUUGAAGUUGGAAUAAGAGCCAUUUGAAUUUGAUCCAACUACUGAGAUUCUUUAACCGAAUGACUGUGCUCAUUUUUCUGACUGCACACAAUCUGGAUCCAAUGCAGAACCUAUACUUGUACAUGUUAAAGAAAUUGAAUGUGUACAAUCCUACUUUUGUAUUUUAUUGUGAGAAUGUUGGGACAACAUAUACUUCACAAAUUUGAAGACCCACUCUUAGGUUGUAUCAUGUUAUGUAUGUGCACUAAGGUUAAUCUUGACAAAACAAUAUUUUGACUUGUCAAGCUUAAUAGUAGAACUAUAUUAAUAACACAUACGAGAGCUUUUAACUUGUUUA